AUGGCGGACGAUUUUGACAUCGAAGCGUUGCUCGAAGCUCCCUAUAACAAAAAAGAGCCGGAAGCGCAGCCAAAAGAGAGUAACGGCACUGAGGAAAAAUCACGUAAAGACAAGUCCCGUAAAAGUCGCCAUCGUACUAGAUCUCGGUCGCGCGACAAGGCUCGCAAACACAGUCGGUCCAAAGAUGACCGCAAGCACCGACGAAAAAGUCGUUCUAAGGACCGACAUCGUAGUCGCUCCAGAGACCGACAUGCGCGCCGACGCACUUCUAAAGACAAACGAAGUCGUACACGGUCUCCUGUCAAACUACCAAAAUAUGGACCACCUUUACCUCCUCCGCGCUACGGUAGAAAACCAUCACCUCUGGCGUCCAAAGUGCCACCAGCUAGUAUGUUAACUCCCGAGGAAAGAGAUGCUAGGACAGUGUUUUGUAUGCAACUUUCAAAGACAAUUCGAGCUAGAGAUUUAGAAGAAUUUUUUUCAUCUGUUGGCAAAGUCAGGGAUGUUAGAAUGAUCACUUGUAAUAAAACUCGUCGGUUUAAGGGUAUUGCUUACAUAGAAUUUAAAGAUCCCGAGUCUGUUCCACUUGCUAUGGGUCUAAACGGUCAAAAGCUUUUAGGCGUUCCUAUUGUUGUUCAACCCACUCAGGCCGAAAAAAACCGUAUGGCUAAUUCAAUGCCAAAUAUGGUACAACGUACACAUUAUGGACCAAUGAAAUUGUAUGUCGGUUCAUUACACUACAACAUCACUGAAGAAAUGUUACGAGGAAUAUUUGAACCUUUUGGACACGUUGAUAACAUACAGUUAAUGAUGGACACUGAAACAGGCCGAUCCAAAGGCUAUGGAUUUUUAACAUAUCGUAAUGCAGAAGAUGCUAAAAAAGCCCUUGAACAUUUGAAUGGAUUUGAAAUAGCUGGUCGGCCCAUGAAGGUAGGUCAUGUAACUGAAAACCAUUCUGUGUAUGACAAAACUGCUUUUGAAGUUGACGAGUUAGACAGAGCUGGUUAUGAUUUGGGAGCUACUGGUAGAUUGCAACUGAUGUACAAACUAGCAGAAGGUACUGGAUUCCCAAUUCCGCAGGCUGCAGCCAAUGCACUUCAAGUUGCAUCUGGGGUGCAGGCAGCUCCAGCUGCACCAACUGUUCAGGUGACUCCUCCAAUCGCAACCCAAUGCUUUUUAUUAGCCAACAUGUUUGAUCCAAACAAAGAAGACGGAGAUAGUAAUACUACUUGGGAAACUGAGAUUAGGGAUGAUGUGAUUAAGGAAUGCAACAAACAUGGCGGUGUUUUGCAUGUGUAUGUGGAUAAAGCAUCUCCACAGGGCAAUGUGUACGUCAAAUGUACAACAAUUGAAACUGCGCUUGCAUCUGUAGCAGCUUUACAUGGUCGAUGGUUUGGUGGACGUGUAAUUACUGCAGCAUAUGUGCCUGUAACAAACUAUCACAAUUUGUUUCCCGAAGCUUCUUCACUGACAAAACUGUUGGUAUCAUCCAGAAGUAAAAAUUAA